CUCUAUCAUCCCAUCCCAUCAUCCAAUCCGUACAAUCCCAACGCGCAGCCCACCAAACAAACAAAUAACCAAACACAACCAAAAAGAAAACCAUGCCGCCCUCCCAAGCCGACGACAAACGCCAAGCGGCUCGCGAAGUCAUCGACAUUCUUCAUGAGAUUUCCACCCUCCUGAACACCCAUUUGGAUCGCACCGAGCUCUCGCUUUGUGUCUCGCUCAUUGAGAACGGGGUCAAUCCGGAGGCGUUGGCGGCUGUGAUUAAGGAUUUGAGGAAGGACGCUGGGUCGGGGGUCAGGGAGUUUGCUGAGCAGCAGCAGCAGCAGCAGCAGCAGUAGCAUCAGUAUGAGUGAGUGAGUGAGUAACCGGGUCACCUGUUGGGGGUUGAGGGUUGCAGGUUGAGGGUGUGGAUGUGAUUUACGAUUUACCGUCGGUUUAUGCUUGCGUGUUUGGAUUUGGAUUUCAAGAUACCCGUGGAUAAUUCUAGUUUAUGUACUGAGAUUUGAGGUGAUG